CGAGGGAGCCCUCCGGCGUUUUUCUAUUCUGCAUAGUUCCGUGAUCCACCCUGCAGCCCGCCCCCACGCGUGGGCUUCGGGGUGCCAUGGCCCCGCCAGCGCUCCCGCUGCUCCUCUGGUCCCUGGGCGUGCCAGCCUCGGCGUACCGGCCGAGCGGCGGGGAGGCGCUCGAGGCGCAGGCGCUCGGCUCCGCGAAGAAGGCCGCCGGCUCCGUCCAGACCCUGGAGGUGCUCGACUCGGCGCACAUGCGCUGGGCCGGCCACCGCGCCAGGGAACCGGGGAUCCGCAGCAGCCUGGCGGCCACGGCCCACAACGGGACCCGGCACGCGGACCUGCGCGCGCGCCAGGGUGCUGCUGAUCGUCGUGCGCACGUGGGCCAUGGUUCUCUAGACGGUGGCAACAACCAGACUGCGCUGCUCCCCGUGACGAGCAGCUCGGACGUUGAGCAGGAAUUCCCGCACGAGGCAGACGGUGUGAAGGGCCAGCCGGAGGAGGAGCGGCACAAAGGCCUUGUCCACAGAGGCCAUCCUGAGGCUCCUUCAGACAGUCGACCGCACAAGGUGAAUCGCAGCGCCUUUGCUUUGGACUUCUUGCACCGCGACUCAAGGGCACUGAAGCUCCACCUCCAACAGCUGUCGCCGAUGCUGCAGCAGGACCCUGCGGCCCUGGGCAUCCUCACCAACUGCAGCUACGGCGAGCGGCUGCCGGGCCAGAAGUCGCAGCGCCGCCUCCCGUUCUUCCUGGCGCUGGCGGAGGCUGGCUGGCUGCAGGGGCUGCGGGAGCUGGCGGGCUGGGACAGCAACCGGUCGGACGCAGGCCCCAGGCUCGCCGUGGACAGCGCCAGCGAUUCCUGCGAAGGGAAUGAGACUGGACUUCGUCCCCUCGGCCUGGCAGUGGAGGCGGGGCACGAACAGGUGGUGCGCUAUCUGGUGAGCCAGGGUGCCUCGGCGGUCGCCCGCAGCCCCGGGGGGCCCACGCUGCUGGAGGCUGCCGUGCGGCGCUGCGACGGAAACCUGGCGGGCGCCCUGCUGGGGGACGGCUCGGUGCUCAAGGGCGGGCUCGCUCAGCUGCGGAAGCGACUCGCGCUGGAGGUCUCCCGGGGGCCUGGCCUAGUUGCCGCCACUCGCUCCCGGCCUGGGGGGUGAGAGGAAGCAGCGCGACUGGGAGGUCGAUCUGGCUGUGCUGACAGGAGGCUGGCACGCAGCGCAGCCACCUCAGGCCGCGAAGUUGCCGCACUUGAACGGUCGGUGGCCUAUAGGCCAGCAGAAGGGCGACGGACUGGAC